AUGGUUGUCCUCAGGACUCAAGAGCAGGGAAGCUCCAGGGCUAUAAAGGCCACGAAGGAGCCACCUAAGGAGCAGUGCUGUCCUCUAUCGACAGCAAUACUGGAUGAUGAUGAGUAUUAUAUCUAUCGCCAUGGCCGGUUAGAAUUCAUGAGAAGGAAACUUGGUUCAUGGGUCAAUAUCACCAAGUUCUUGCCACUCAUAGACGAUUCCCCAGCCUUGAACGCUGAACUUCGACGCUUCAAGCACUCUCGAUUUCUCUACUCAAAUUCAACACAAGGGAAACGUUUCAACGGCCUAUGGGUUCCGUUAAACAUUGCGAGACGGUUUGCAAUUACACAUGGGUUAUGGUCGAAAGUGGGGCCUCUCCUGGCCUUCGAAAGGGUGGCUAUAGUGUCAUAUUCAGGCAUGCACUACUACGAAUACUUUGUGCACAUGAGCGUGGAUGUGAGUAUAAGAAUUCUACGAGAAGUAUCAACAAAUAGAGUCAAUAUGGAUCAGGUGUUCUCUGUGUAUUACAGACUCAAAGGUAACAAGGCGGUAACGGCUCUUCGAAGAUCACUGUACUUCUAUCAUAAAACUAUGAGGAUAAAGGGAGACUCAACUAUAUGUGGAGGGCACUGGAUGGAAGUUGCAUGUGUAAUCAGAUUCUCAAGGAAGCACGGUCUCUUUAAACAUAUCUGUCCCAUUCUCGAAUUCGACUCCUCGCCAGAUCAGUUGAAGGCUAUCCCCAUGGAUCUCUAUGAAAGAACUUUACGCUUACACUGGAGAGCAACGAAAGAUGAUCGCAGCUUCUUUGGUUUUCCCUCAUCAUUUAGAGAAGGUUCGAUACCUAGAGGACCGGCUCCCCGUAUCUACGGUAAACCUAACAAUCGCUUAUCCUAUGAUGAUUUCACAAUAAAAACACCGAUCACCAUUCAACUAACCAAGAAAGGUCGAGGUGAAAUAAACCGUGUCACAGUCCUCAGAAGGUUAUCCGAUGGAUGGGUCAACUGUACUAGACUCAUUCAUGCUUGUGUUCUCAUUCGCCUUUUGCAGUUGGAUUUGGGGGAAGACGAUCCUGAUAUGAAAGUUGAGAAUGAAUUACACAUCCGAGAUGUUCUGGAGAAAUAUCACUAUCAAAUGGUUCAGUGUCAGAAAGCACCUACGUUGAAUGGUAAAUGGUGCUCAUGUGAAGAUUCUUUGCACAUUUUUAACAUGUUUCAUAUCUCUCAGACUUCACAAGGAAAGAGCAUUUUGGACCUUUUACGUUCAACUCGAUUUAAACAGCCCAUGAACAACGCUCAAGACGAUGUGGAGCAGGGUGAUGGUGAUGAUGACAACGACUCCUUGGAAGUUCUUGACGAAGACGACUUCCUCGAAAUGACAAGCGUCAUCAAGACGAAGGAUGUUUACCGUGAUCCUAAAUUUUUUGAUAAUGAGGGUGAGUCCUCUUCUGAAGAGGACGUUGAGAUCCAUGGUAUCUCGGGUGAAGAAUCCUCUGAAGAGGAUGAUAUCGUUUUUGGAAAUACACUGUCAAAUGUAAACCUUGGUCUCCCUGACUGUCGAGUGCAUGCUGCGUCUGGCUCUCACCAAGAUGAUGAUGCCCUUAAUGUUUUACCUCUAACUAAUACUUCUGGAGUCUUACCUUCCAAAAAAAGAAAGUACGAGGUCAUAGUGCUUGAUGAAGACGAGCACUCCGAUCAUGAUGAUGGUAAGAACCCGGAGUACAACAAACUAUCUGGUCAACAAAAUCCAGUACUCAUUGACCUUGACGCUGAUGGUCAUAAUAAAAUCACAGCUGCUAGUGGAACCCCUAUUAAUGAUGUUUUACAGCUUCACAGUGAAGAGAUCAUUGCUCGUUUGAAAUUCAUAUGCAUUGACAUUGACCAAGCGAUCAGUAAACCGCAUGAAGUCUACUCCAAGAAAGUUCAGGUUGUAAUCAACAACAAUUUGAAGAAGCUGAGGUACUUCAAUGCGGUAAAUGAACAAAUGAAGAUCAAAUCGAAGCUGAACAACACAUUUCAUAAUCUUCGUGCUCUUAGUGUGAGCUUGAAGGAACUCCAAGAUCUUGAAACACGUUGGCGCUAUGAAUCUGCUCAGUCGCCUGCUUCGAUUACACGGUCAGAUAAGGAGCCAAGAACACUGCUACCUCUUGAUCAAUAUAAGGUCGCACCUCUGUCACUUGGAACAAAUCCAUCGACGAAUAGAUCCGAAUCAUGUGGAUCUAAUGCAACAAAAGCACCAGAACGUCACCAUCAUAUCCAACAAAGAAUGAUAUCACAAGGAAACCAACCAAGACCUGGUCAAACAUAUAAUACGUACAAUCAUUCAUGGCAACAUCGUGAGUCAGAAUACCCUGGAACCAAUUCUUCAUCUCCGGUGUAUGAAACACCCCAUAAAAGUACUCGUGCUGUCAUCAACCCACUGUCGAUUCGUACUCACAUACAUGAUGCCAACAUGAGCCUUGUUCUCUCUAAUGUACGUGAUCCUGAACAACCGACAUCACAGAAGAGCACUGGUACUCUAAAUACUACACACAGACUGCUCCCUUUAUAUCGCAAAACAACAGAGCCAUCUUCAACCCAAAGCUGGGGCAGCUCUGGCGUUGAGGCUAUGAAAGAUCGUAUACCGUCAGAGUAUACGAGAUUCGAGAAGCCUCCAUUCGUGAAUAAUGGAUUGCAUAAAGGUGCUAUUGACUGUGAUAGCAGUCCAAAGCCAAGGAUGAUCAAGUCCUCGAAAUCUGGUGCGGUGCAAUAUCAAAGCCUUAACAGUAAAAUGUCACAGUCCUCAAGUUAA